CAUUCUCUUUAGAAAUGUAAAAAUAUAUAGACAAUGGCUAUGUGAGCCUCACUCUUGGCAAUUGUUAAAGGACAUGUCCCCAGUGCCUACCUGUCUGAUAUAUGGUUCAUUGGGUCCUUUUGUCCAUGGUAGUCAUUUCAGACAGUGCAACAUAACCCUUAACUCAUUACUUUAGAAAAGCAAAAACACUUGGAAAGUUUUCUAAAACACAUGGAAAGCCGUUUGAGGCUGAAUAUGUAUUCCCAAAAGCAUAACAACAAGCAGCAUAGGAGUAAUGACUAUUAUUAAAUUGUAACACCCUCACUCUUCAAGUCUGUGUUUGAAAAUUUCUAUUAGGAGGGUUAUGCCAAAUCAUCAUGGAUUCCUCCCUAACAAUACUUUAAGAACAUCUUUUAAAGCUUAUUCAUAUGCAUAGGCCAGUGAUAGGGUAAGGCAACUUAAUAAUCAUGGACUCACCGAAAGUGAACAUUAUUUGGUCACAUUAUCUUAGAUUAUGAAGCAAUCAUGGUCUAAGUUAGUAGAAGAAAAAGAGAUGAUGUAUUAUAUAUGUUCAACUACUUCAAGGAUAUGCUUAUUAGGCAGACAUAUGACCCAAAUUGAGGCAUAUGGAGUAAGUAAUACGAUGUUACUGGCUGUUUGAAUCUAGUAUAAACACUCUGGCAAAGUCACAGAAAUCAACCUGUCCUCAAAUGUCUAAAGCUAGGAGCAUGUGAGCAUCAUCAUCAGCAUCACUAUCAUGGAUUUGGAAAGCUGAGCAUGGGCAACGAAAUGGGAAAUAACAACACAUCUGCUAUCAAAGAGGAAGAUAACAUAAGUGAAGCCGAGAAAAAGACUUUCCAAGAAGAUACCAGUGAAGUUGCAGAUGGGAUGUCACAAGAUAUUCAUGAAGACAAUGCCAAGGAAGAAAUUCAGAAUGUACCAACAUCUAAAGCCAAUGAUGUAAUGGAAAAAGCUUCAGAAGCUUCCAAUGAUAUAACAAAUGAACUUGGGAAAGGUACAUGGCAAGAAGAGGGUCAUGCUGAAGAUCAAAAAGAGAAAACUCAAACAAUUUCAACAGUUGAAGCCAAAGAUGAAGACACUCAGGAGAAAGCUAUAGGGAUUGCUUCUAACCAUACAGCAAGCAUGCUUGAAAAUGAUUCAAUGGAGGGAGAUACCCAUGCAAGUGAUGUAAAUAUGGAAAAUCAAAUGCCUCCAACAGCUGAAGCUGAAGGUGUUCAGGAAAAAGCUGAAGGACUGGUUUCUGAAGAUGCAACAACUGAACUUGGAAAAGUUUCACUGCAAGAAUAUAGUCAUGAAGAUUAUGAGAAAGAAAAAAUGCAAAUGAAUCCAACAGAAGAAGCCAAAGAUGUUCAGGAGGAAGCCACAGGGCUAAAUUCUAGCAGUACAGCAAGCAUGCCUGAAAAUGAUUUGUUGGGAGAAGAUUCUUGCAAAAGUGACAUGAAUAUGGAAAAUAAAAUGCAUCCAACUGCUGAAGUUGAAGAUGUUCAAGAGAAAGCUACAGGAAUGGCUUCUGACUAUGCUACAAGUUCACUUGAAAAUGAUUUGUUGAAAGGAGAUGCUCCUGAAGAUGAUGUUCAUGCAGAUCAUCAAAAGCAUCAAAUAAUUGAAGGCAAAGUCGAUCAUCAACAAAUAGCAGCAAGGUCGGAUUUCAAUGAUAAAACAAGUGAAUUUGAUGAUAAACCUCAGGAAGAUAAACAAGAUGGGAAUGUAGUAAAUCCUGCUGCAAAUGGAAUAUAUGUUCAAGAAAAAACUAUCAUUAUAUCUUCUGAUGCUCCGUUGAAUUUUACAAAUUCUUUUGAAGGUUCAGGGAAUGAAAUAACUGGAGUCAGACAACCUGAAAAGUCUCCCAAUGAUGAAUCUAUUGAAGCUCAAGGUGGAAACUCUGAGAUCCUGUCAAGUUCUUCAUUGGAAGGAACUCAAGAAUAUGAGAAGCAAGAAGAGACACGCUUGAGAGAACACCUGUCAGUAACAUAUAACAAUCACCUUAAUAAUGAACCUUCAAUCCAACAAGGGGAUGAAACAACUGAAGCCACACAACCUGAAAAGUCUACAAAUGAUGGAUCAGUUGAAGCUGAAGGUGGACACUCUGAGAGCUUGUCAAGUUCUUCAUUGGAAGGCACUAAAGAAUAUGAGAAGCAAGAAGAGCCAUGCUUUAGAGAUCACCUGUUAGUAACAUAUAAUAUUCACCUUAAUAAUGAGCCUUCAAUCCAACAAGGGGAUGAAAUAACUGAAGUCAUACAACCUGAAAAGUCUCCAAAUGAUGGAUCAGUUGAAGCUGAAGGUGGACACUCUGAGAGCUUGUCAAGUUCUUCAUUGGAAGGCACUGAAGAAUAUGAGAAGCAAGAAGAGUCAUGCUUUCGAGAUCACCUGUUAGUAACAUAUAAUAAUCACCUUAAUAAUGAGCCUUCAAUCCAACAAGGGGACGAAAUAAAUGAAGUCAUACAACCUGAAAAGUCCCCAAAUGAUGGAUCAGUUGAAGCUGAAGGUGGACACUCUGCGAGCUUGCCAAGUUCUUCAUUGGAAGGCACUGAAGAAUAUGAGAAGCAAGAAGAGUCAUGCUUUAGAGAUCACCUGUUACAAACAUAUGAUAAUCACCUUAAUAAUGAGCCUUCAAUCCAACAAGGGAAUGAAACAACUGAAGUCAGACAACCUGAAAAGUCUCCAAAUGAUGGAUUAGUUGAAGUUGAAGGUGGAAACUCUGAAAGCUUGUCAAGUUCUUCAUUGGAAGGCACUGAAGAAUAUGAGAAGCAAGAAGAGACAUGUUUCAGAGAACACCUUUUAGUAACAUAUAAACAUCACUUUAAUAAUGAGGCUUCAAUCCAACAAGCAGAUGAAGAGGAAACAACGGUUUUAACAGUAAAUCCUGUGAAUGUGUCAAAUAAUAUAGAGAUUCAAGAAUCAUUAAGUGGACAUUCUGAUCAUGAGGAGCCAGAUAAAUUUAUCUCUGAAAAUCAUUUCAAGGCACAAAAUCGCUUCUAGAAGUUAAUUUUCUAGAUACUAAUUCUCAU